UCUUACUCAUUUUCCUCACUCUUACUCAUUUUCCUCAUCUUCUCUUAUCUUCUCUUCUCUCCAAUGUGAUUGAACAAAAACAAAAAAGCAAGAAAAAAAAUUUAGUGUGGGUGCUUCAGGGUCGGUACUGAGUAAGAUGGAAUGGACGCUGGAAUCAGUGAGAGAAAGCUUGAUUCGUCAGGAAGACACUAUCAUCUUCAGCCUAAUUGAGAGGGCGAAGUACCCCAUUAAUUCUCAGAUUUAUGCUGGUGGAUUCGCGGGUAGUCCUUACUCCUUAGUUGAGUAUCUUGCUAGAGAAACUGAGGCCCUUCAAUCAAAGGCUGGUAGAUAUGAAAGCCCAGAAGAAAACCCUUUCUUCCCAGACAAUUUACCAGCUCCACUCAUGCCAUCGUCGAACAACCAGUCAAAUUUUUUGCAUCCGGCAGGUGCUUCUGUAAACAUAAACCAAAAAAUAUGGGAUUUGUAUUUCAAUGAACUUCUUCCCUUGUUUGUUUCUGAGGGUGAUGACGAUGGAAACUACAGUCAAACUGCUGCUUCUGAUUUUCUGUGUCUGCAAGCACUCUCAAGAAGGAUUCACUUUGGAAAAUUUGUUGCUGAAGUCAAAUUUAGGGAUGCUCCUCAAGACUAUGAACCGGCUAUUCUCAAUGAGGAUAGGAAUUCUCUGAUGAAAUUGUUAACCUUUGAAAAGGUUGAAGAGAUGGUGAAGAGGAGGGUUGAGAAGAAAGCUCGGGUAUUUGGGCAAGAAGUGAAUGUUGACCACAACGAAAACAUAGGUGAGGGUAAAUAUAAGAUUGACCCGGAAAAUGUAUCGCACCUUUAUGGAGAAUGGUUAAUUCCUUUGACAAAGGUUGUCGAAGUUGAUUAUCUUCUGAGGAGGCUUAGCAGCCAGAGAAUCUAAGCUCUCUUGUGUGUCUUAUAUCAAUCCUUCACAUUUCGGUUCUAAACAUUUGGUGAUUUAAUUAUAAACCAUGUUGAUUUUAUUGCAAAUUUUAAUGAUAUAACUGUCACUUAUU